AUGUCCACACAAUAUGCAAGCGAGCCGAAUCCCACGGCGUCGGCGACGCUUCACACCACCAUCGGUCCGAUCCAUAUCGCUUUAUUCGCCAAACAGGCGCCGCUCACGUGCAAGAACUUCCUCCAACACUGCAAAGAUAACUACUACGCCGGCACAAUCUUUCAUCGCAUUGUGCCCGACUUUGUAGUUCAAGGCGGUGAUCCGACGGGUACGGGAUCCGGAGGCACCUCUAUCUACGAGUAUCCCGAGUUCGAAUAUGAUCCCGAGGCGCGCGAUCCCAGUGAGCGCGUUGUGCUCCGCGAUGAAAUCCACAGUCGUCUGCGCUUCAAUCGGCGGGGCCAGGUGGGCAUGGCCAAGAGCGAGGAUGGGUCCUACGGAAGUCAGUUCUUCAUUACGCUGGGGAACACGGAGCGGGAGAUGAAUGGGCAGUGUACAUUGUUUGGACGACUGGAAGGUGACAGUAUCUUCAAUGUGUUGAAGAUUGCAGAGGCGGACCGCGUCGAGGGCACCGAGCGGCCACUAUAUCCGGUCAAGGUGAUCUCCUGCCAAGUGGGAGAACUGGGACCACUGGAAGGGAAAUUGAAAGACCGCAAGACGAUCUCGACGACCACCGGUGGCGCUGACGAUCAAGCCUCAAAGAAGAAGAACAAGAAGAAGAAGGCGACCAAGGUUCUGCUUAGUUUUGGCGAUGAUGAAGGGGAAGAGGGUAUGCCUAUACGACCGGCAAAGCCCAAAUUUAACACAAAAUUAGUCGCCGAUGUACCCGACGCAAUGAAGGAGACUGGCAUUGAAAAGACAUCACAAAUGAAAAGCACAGCAGAGCCAUCGUUGGCCGCGCGAAAACGACCUCGUUCCCCAUCCCCGAACCGUCCCUCCUCAUCCCCUCGCAAGCAGAGGAUCAAAACUCCCGAACCACAUAUGCAACUGCCCCUGCCCAACCCAGAGUCUCCCUCUCGUUCUCCAAGUCCGGUAUCUCCACCUCCCAAGGACGCACCCUCGAAACUCUCGCGGAUGGAGGCCGAAAUCGCAUCACUCAAGGCGUCCAUGCGACGAAACGUCGAGGUCGGUCCCGCAGACACUGGCCGCAAAAAGUCCGCUCUCGAGGCCAUGAUUCCCGAGACGGCGACUCGCGGCCGAAAACGACCAGCACCCGGCUCGACGAACGGCGCAGCUUCCGGUUCAGGCUCGAAAACGUCUGCCGAAAAGGCAGCACUUGACAUGUUUAAUGCGUUCAAGGCCAAACUUGAAGGAACGAUGGAUCCUACACCUUCAAUAUCACAUCGCCACGAAUCCAAAGAGAAUCACAAUUCUCACAAAGAAGAUACCCGAGAAGUUAAUGAGGACGACGACGACGAAGAAGCACAACUUUGCGAUCUACACUUCAUCGCCAAUUGUCAAUCGUGCAAAUCAUGGGAUGAUCCCGACGCUGAAGCAGACGAGAAGGACGAUAUACACGACCAGGGUUGGUUAAAUCAUACCCUUCGGUUUGGAAAGGACACGCUAGGAAAGGACUUGAAUUGGAAGAAAGAGCACCCGGACGAUGCAGAUUCCUUGAUGGUGAUCGAUCCACGGGAAAAAGAGAAGGAUCUAGGAGGGCCAAGCGGGCGAAAGAGAGGAUUACAACGGGAUCGGGAACGAGAGCGCAAGCGCGAGAGAGCUGGUGAACGAGAAUGGGAUCGUGCAGGAAAGUAG